CCGCGGGCCGAGCAGACCGCACCGCUCGCGCUGUGUACACGCCGCACCACCGUGCGACGCAGCUUCCGCCGGCGCGGGACCAGCAUGAAAGUGCGCUGACCGAUGCGGGACUCCCAGCACUACGUCAUCAUGGGAACAGAUGAAGGCUGCGGUGACGUCAUGACGGCGGAGGAAAAGGCGGCGGAAAUGAGGGAAGAGCUGGGAGACUGCACGCUGCCGCAAUCGACCGUCAAGUCGGAGAAAACCUCCACCACGGGCCUGCGGUGCGCGGCACCUGCCUGCUUCUGCCCGUCCUUCUGCCCCGGCCAGGAGGUGAUGCGGUCCUGCGACUCCUGCGGGCACGGCUGGCUGUCCCACGCGCUGCCGCAGCUGCCGCACCAGAGCGACGUGGAACACGCGGCCUCCCUGGUGCUCUACGGCUGCCAGGCGCUGCCCAUCCGGCUCAAGAUCCUGCUGGACAGGCUCUUCUCCAGCGUCGGCCGUCGACAGCUGGCCCAGCUGCUGCUCCAGUUCGGCUGGACGCUCGACGACUACGCUCGCGGCUACAUCGUCCGGGACGCGUGCGGCGAGCGUCUGGACUCGUGGCAGAUGUGCUCGGCGGAGGAGGAGUCGGCGCUGGUGCGUGCGUGCGUGCGCUUCGCGGACACGCACUCGCUGGCGCUGCAGCUGCUGGCGGCGUGCGACGGGCCGCCGCCCCACGCGGGGGUGGGCGCCGCCGCCCACCACACGGCGCACGCGCUGCCGCCCUCACCCGCCAGGACGUCGCCGCCCGCCUCCCCGCCCCAUGCCGCCCCCGGCAAGGUGCGGCUGCCGCCGCUGGAAGUCCUGCAGGACGCCGCCCCUUCGCCGCUGCUGGCCGCUUCCCCCUCGCCGUCGACGUCCGCGUCGUUGUGGCCGGGCGCGCGCGGCAGCUCCACCCCCGCCGUCCUGGCGUCGCCCGGUGCCAGCAUUUCCGACGGCGGAUCCUCGGAAGAGUGUAACGGCGCUUACGAGACUGCGCUCGACCUGAGCCGGGAUGGCUGCUCACCGAGGCCAAAAUCGGGCUCUGGGAAAAUGGGCAAGGCGUCCGGCUGGAACUCCAGGAGCGGAGGCGUGAGUGCGACGGAGAUGCAGUCUGGCGGUUCCCAGGGGAAGCCUGCGCUGGGCAAGAAGCGAGUCCAGUGCAACGUCUGCCUCAAGACCUUCUGCGACAAGGGCGCGCUCAAGAUACACUUCUCGGCUGUCCACCUCCGUGAGAUGCACAAGUGCACGGUGGAGGGCUGCAACAUGAUGUUCAGCUCGCGGCGGUCGCGCAACCGCCACAGCGCCAACCCCAACCCCAAGCUGCACCAGCUGCAGUUCCGGCGCGCCGACCUCGCCGUGCGAUACCCCAGCCGCUUGCCCGCCGACGCCGCGCCGGCCGGACUCGGCGCUGCCGGCGCCGUCGACGUCGGCGUGGGUGGCGUCAGCGCGGAAGACACGCUGACCCGCGUGCUCAGCCUCAGGCUCCUGCAGGGCGCGCGGCCAGAGCUCAGGUUCGAGGACUCGACGCAGACCGGGCAGGUGCACACGUCCUCCGAGGACUCGUCCAUGUCGCCCAAGAACAACGGCGCGGUCUACGAGGGCGAGUCCGACGCCGACACGAAGGCUGGGGGCGGGGACGGCGAAGCGGACGAGAAGCCGGAGCCCAGCUGGCUGAAGCGCCUGCAGAGGCGGUGGCAGCAGGAGAGCGGCGAGGAGUCGCCCAAGCUGACCGCUCCCGAAGACGCGUCUGCGGCCGAAACGCCUGCCGCCGCGCCCGAGCCGCCGCAGAGGGGGACGCGCAAGCGGAAGAGCCAGCACCCCACGCGCUGCGCCGCCGUCGCCGGCGAGAGCCCCGCCAAGCUCUUCGCCUCGGACUCGCUCUCCUCGGAGGACGACUGCCGCCUGUAGUGAAACUCUGCUACUCUGUUCAGAAUAACUUCAGGGCUGACACUUCCGCAGGAGCACGAAUAGGCGCGGAACAGAGAUACCGCAUCGCGCACGGAGCACGUUGCAGUCUCAUGUUUGAUAUAGACUGGUCGAACUCGCGAGCUGGCACCAAUGUGUCGUGAUCGAGCGAGGUGGCGCAGUGGUUAGCACACUGGACUGGUAUUCGGGAGGACGACAGUUCAAACACGCGUCUGGCCAUCCUGAUUUAUGUUUUCCGUGAUUUCCCUAAAUUGCUUCAGGCAGCUUCUGGGAUGGUACCUUUGAAAGGGCACAUCCAACUUCCUUUCAAUCCCUCCCUAAUCCGAUGGGACUGAUGACCUCGCUGUUUGGCCCUCUCCCAGAAGUCAACCAACCAACCAACCAUCAAUGUGUCCUGCAGUGUUGUCAUCCCAAUUUUACUUGCUACAGCGAAUUUUUAAAAUCCUAUGCAGUCAAUGAUAGACGUACUGACUCCUACGUUUAUCACAUGCCUGCGGUACAGGCAGGAUGAACCCCAUUUGUCUUGCUGCUGAGCUGCUGUUCCAAUAUCGGAGAGUCUCGACAAUACUGAUGCGAGUUUAGAAGGAGAACAACAAUGGGUUGAGGAGUGAAAUGGAAUUUGUAUCAGGGAAGGAGGCGCAUAGGAUAGUUCAUGCAGGUGUGGAAGUUGGAGUGCCAGUGAUGGAUAGCGCAUCUGCCUAGAAAGCGGAAGACCUGGGUUCAAAUCCAGUCCAGGUACAAGUUUUAACUCGUUGCUACUGCCUACAUCAUUACUGUAAACUUUUAAAACGUUGACGGGAAGUUCACGAAAACGUAUUUCCUCUCCAUGUCACCGAAGUUUUGACAAGCGAAAAAUUUUGUUGUUGUUGUUGAAGUUAGGUGGACACACCAUUGUUGGCACAGCUGUCCACUUUAGUCUAUCUUGUGCACACUUCUUCAUCUCUUCUACAUAACCUCUGCGUCUAUAUCCAUUAAAACCUUAUUAGGGCAGUAAGCGCUUGCUUUUUCUCAUCAAUUUUUACCUGCGACACUUCCCUCCAUUUCCGAAAUGAUGACUCAUUGAUGCCUCAGUACGUGUCUUAUCAGAUGACCCUUCUUUUAGUGAAGCUGCAUAUAUUUUUUCCCGAUUGUACUAAAUACGUAACCAUUCGUUAUUCGCUUUAUCAGUAUUCAGCAUUCUUCAGUGACGCCACAUUUAAAAACCCAUUCUCUUCUUGUCUCAAGUGCUAAUUGUGUACGUUUCACCUUCGUUCCUUGCUACACUCCAGACAAACACCCAGAGAAUACACUUUCUGACACUUAAAUUUACACUCGUUUUAACAAGUUCCUCUUUUUUUCCAGAAAUUCUUUUAUUACUGUAGCCAGUCUGCAUUUGAUGUUCUCUCUGUUUCAACCAUUAUCACUUACUUUGCUGACAAGAUAGCAUAACUUGUACAGUCUCAUUUCCUAAUUUAAUUCUCACAGUUCCACCUUAUUUCAUUCGUCUAUAUUCUCUUACCUUUGUUUCAGUAUUUUAUAUCCAUUUUAUAAUUGAUCUUGGAAGACCUUAGCUUCUCUGCCAAAAUUAGAAUGACACUCUCAAACAUCAAAGUAUUAAUUUAUUCUCCAAGACUCAAAUUGCCUUUACAAAUUUGUCCUUGCUUUACCUCACAGCUCUGAUGAUGUACAGAUGGAAUAACAUCGGAAAUAGCUUACAAUCUUCUCCCACUCCCUUCUCAAUGAUUACUUCCUUUUCAUGUUCUUCGAAUCACAACUAUAGUCCAGUUUCUGUACAUGUUGUAGUUAACCUUUCGCUCUCUGUGUUUUACGUGUACUAACGGUAUCAAAUUUUCGUCAAGCAAGACACUUUUUUUGUUAUUGAAGAUAAGUGAACAAAUUACACUAACGAAAUCCUAAGGGUAGAUCGUAUUUUCAUGUGCUCCAAAUUCAGCAGCGUCAAUGAUUGCCAACAAAAGUAAUUUCAAUUAAAUGUUAAGCAUGAUGCUCCACUCGCUCAUCAAGUGCUAUCUGAUCAAUUGCUUUGGUUUCAUUAUGGGUUACUGAUCAAUACGUUUGUAAGUAACAUGUUAUUAUCACGCAAAAAAACAGUAAUAACUCCUCCAACAGUAGUAAUUCCAUAGAAGAACUAACUGCCUGAACAUCCACAUAGUGCAAAUGGGAAUUAUUUUAUUUGGGGGGAGUUAGGAUGUGGAUGAACGUUUCGCAACCAGGAUUUGUUGCCACGGCUACAGGACUUGUGGAAUGGCAUUGUCUACUGUCUGGGUCUCAACCCACUAUUUCCUUCGUAGGUGUCACUCCUAAAGGAAUUCUGAACAGAGUAUUGACUCCUGCGGAGCUCCAAAACCGUGUACCACACAAACUGCUGCCGAGUGGCAGUACGAAUCAAGAAUAACUGUCAGGUCUUGGCCUGCACUUAAUUCUCAUCGUAUGUGUAAUGUGCCGCAACUCUUGCCUACUGCUCUGUCGAGCACACUUAGUAUUAACGUAAAGUUCCUGUAUUUCAAUCUCGCUCAGCAGAUAAAACCAUAUUUUUCUAUUUGGCAGUCUUCUAAAAUUGCAUUUCAGCGUAUGAAUUUGUACAAAUGUAACUGUAAAUUUUGUGGUUCUUUAUAGCAUGAUGUAUCCUAAGUCUCAUGAAUUAAACUGGUUGCGAAAAUUUAUAUGCAACGUCAUAUUUUAGCGAUUGUGCAGUGGCUGUAGCCAUUUGUAGAAAUAUUUCUCUUUUUACUAUAUAAGACCACGACGAGACUGACGUUUAGAGGAUGAUGUACAAAUACCUGCCUACAUUAAUGUCAAUUUAAAAUGGCCUCAAGUAGGACUAUAAGGAACCAAUUGUUCAGUCCAGUAGUAUGUCCAUGGUGUGAUGACCGUGAUUUGUAUAUGUGUACCACAAAUAUAAAAUUGUAAUUUUUGUAUCAAUAUUAAAACUUAGAAUGGACAAGUAA